AUACCCCAACAUUCAGAGCAUUUUGAAAUUCCAGCAGCACAAAAUUCAAUUCGGCUAGCAAUAAAAAACCCCACACGGAGACGAAAAACCCCAGAGCGUUCCCCCCAAAAAAAACAGGCAGGAAAAUGGUCAACAUGUCUGACAUCGACUACGAGCCCUUCAAUCCGUUCAACGUGGGGCCGCCCAACAGCGGCAAGCGGAUGGAGUUCAAGAUCCCCACCGCCGUCACGUAUCCGCCGCCGGUGUUUGCCGUCGUGCCGCAGGACAAGCAGGGCUACAUCAGGCGGUCCGUCUCGCAGGACUCGCAGCUGGCGGCCAGCUCCCAUCUGAAGAUUGGGCCGUCCAGAAUCGGGGAGGUGAGCGUUUCGAGGGCCAUCAAGGAGGAGAUGGCGGCGGCCAAGCGGCAGGCGGCCUCCCUGGACGAGGAGGAGCGCAUCGAUGCGGGCGGCAUCUCGAAGAUGAAGCUGGCCUCCUCCAGGUCGGGGAUCGACUCCAAGUCGAAGGUGUCCGUCAAGACGCUGAUGCCGGUGCGGACGAGGCGGCAGGUGGCCCCCGGCGACGACCAGGCCAAGAACCGUUCGAUAUCUGGCUCCAGUGUCAGCAAAAACGGGAGCAGGGUGUCCUGGGGUCGGGAGACCAAGUCCCGCUCGAGUUCCCCCUCCAAGCGGAGCAGCAUCGGCGCCAAGCGGAGCGGCACUCGUUCCCAGUCGAGCACCGCUUCGUCGAAGGCCUCGCUGGCCCGAUCGUCCAGCAAACUCAAGCCGAGGUCGAGCACAGCCUCGACCGUGACACUGACGGGCAAGGUGUCCAAGCAGCGCUCAAGGACGGACUCUGUCAAGCCCUCAAGCUCCAAGAUCAGGUCCAAGGAGGAGUCCAGGGUCUCGCUGAAGUCAAGGACUAGCAAAAGGCCCUCAGAUACUGUAUCUGUGCGCUCUCGCACGUCCAAGACUGGGCAUAAGCCCACCGAGACGGCCUCCCAGCGCUACAUCAAGGCCAAGGCCACCUCCGAGACCUUGUCCCAGCAUUCGGUGCAGUCCAAGGUCAAAGAGGCCUCUCGCUCGGCCUCCAAGUCGAAGACCCACCCAUCGAAGGUCUCGCUGAGGGCCAAAGUCAAGGCUGCCGUCCCCAAAAUGAGGUCGGCCAAGGCCCUGGCCGAGGACACGUCUUUGGUGAGUCGAGCCGCGGCGAUCACCGAGCGCCUCAAGGCGGGCAAUGAGGACAACUUCCGGCGCUACAGCUCGGUGAUCCACAACCACUCGAUGAGGGUGCCCGAGAAGCAGUUCCGCGAGGACCGCAUGUCCUUCUGGUUCCAGGACGCAGUGCUGUCCUAGGCAAUGGCUGGCCCCCGCCCCGCCCUUCGCCCUCGGGAAACCUCCGCAACAUUCCGCAAUAGUUUACGAUUUAUUUAUGCGAAUCGAAUCAAUAUAAAUAAAUAUAUACAAAUUAGCCGUAAAAA